AUGCAAGCUGCUUCAGAUAUGGCGACGGCCACCGCCACCAGCAGCGGCAUCGCAGAUGUGAAGCAGGAGAAGUCGCCCGAGGAGCGGCUGGAGGUAGCCAAUCACUCGGCCGCGAAGACUUGGAGUGUGCUGAACAAGAUGUGGUACCCGGACUACCAUAUGGCUUCCUUUGCCGGGUGGAUGGGAGUGCCAGGCGGCCUUUGCCACCACAACGGUUUGUAUCAUGUUUUCUAUCAGUAUAACCCCUUCAGCGAGAACUGGGGUUCAAUGCACUGGGGCCACCUGACGAGCGAGGAUCUUGUGCACUGGCAGCACCAGCCCAUCGCCCUCGCUCCAGGGGAGCUGUUUGACCAUGAUGGCUGCUUCUCCGGGUCAUCAGUGAGCUACAACAACAAGCUAUACAUCUUCUACACGGGGCACACAUGGGGCACCGAGAGUGAGAGAGGCGUCGGCAACGGCGCCAUGGGCACAGGGGCGUCAUUUUAUCAGCAGCAGUGCGUCGCCGUGAGCAGCGACGGCGUGAACUUUGAGAAGCUUGGUGCCGUUGUGCGCCCGCCACCAGGGUACGUGCACUUCCGCGACCCGAAGGUGUGGCAGCAGGACGGGCGGUGGUGGAUGGUGUGCGGUGCCCGUGACGCGACGAGGGACCUUGGCCAGCUGCUGCUCUUCACCACAGAAGACCUGCUUAGGUGGGAUGACACGAACUGGCAGGUGCUGGGGAUGACGGAGGACAAGAACGUGUUCAUGUGGGAGUGCCCCGACCUCUUUCGGUUAGAUCAGAUGGAUGUCUUCCUGUACUCGCCGCAAGGGAUGCGGAAGGUCGGCUACGCCUACCGCAAUCGCUUCCAAAGCGGCUACCUUCUCGGCUCGUGGAACGCGUCACUGGUGACGGCGGAGUUAUCACAGCGGGAAGCAGGCUCGCCAAAGGGCACCGCUAGCGGUGGCCACGCCAUUGGCGCACCCCGCUGGCUGGCCUCGUUCGACGUGUCACAGCGCUUCCGUGAGCUUGAUCGCGGCCAUGACUUCUAUGCACCGCAGACGCUUCUCACCAAGGACGGGCGGCGGCUCAUCAUAGGCUGGAUGGACAUGUGGGAGAGCCCCAUGCCGACGCGCGGGCACGGCUGGAGCGGCUGCCUGACGCUGCCGCGGGAGCUCAUUUUAGAUCCCUUCACGGGCAGCGUUCGCAUGGCUCCCCCCAAGGAGCUCCUGCAGCUGCGGUGCGCGCAGGCCGCCAUUUCGGCUCAGCGAAUUCAGGAGAGCACCGACGUGCUUCUUGUCGAGGACUGCACUGCCUACGAGCUCGAUAUUGCCUUCAACAUGGAGACGAGCACGGCGGAGAAGUACGGGCUGUGGCUCGGCUCAGGGGCGGAGCUGUACGUGGACGCGCAGUCGAAACGGCUGGUGCUGAACCGCCACUACCCGCAGCACAUGCUGAGCGGGUAUCGUUCCUGCGAGAUGCCGACGGGUUUGCUUCUGCAGCUGCACGUGUUCAUUGACCGCUCGUCGGUUGAGGUGUUCGUGAACAACGGCGAGGCCACCUUCUCUUCCCGCGUCUUCCCGGACGAGGGCGGCCGG